AUGCUCCGGCCGUCGUACUCGCGGCGCCUCCUCCAGAGCAGCAGCGACAGCGGCGGCGCCAUCCCCAACCCGAACCAGAACCCGAACCGCAUCCCGGGCAUCCCGCCCGCCGACCCGCCCCCGGCCGUCAACUCCGAUGUCGUGGUGAUCCUCGCCGCCCUGCUCUGCGCGCUCAUCUGCGUCGUGGGCCUCGCCGCCGUCGCCCGCUGCGCCCGGUCCCGCCGCCGCAACAGGGGCGCGGGGGCCGACGACGGCGGCCCGGCGUCGUCCCCCUCGAGCAACCCGGGCAGCGGCGGCGGGCACAACCACCACCACCACCACGCGCACCAGGCCACCGGCGCGAGCGUGGCCACCAAUACCCCGACCGCGACCACCGCCGCCAGCAAAGGGCUGAAGAAGAAGGCGCUGAAGGCGCUGCCGAAGCUGGCGUACGCGGACGCGGUGGCGGCUGCCGCGGCGGCGCGCGGCGCGGCCCCCGCGGCGGAGGGCGAGGAGGAGGCGAAGGCGGAGGAGCUGCUGGCGGAGUGCGCCAUCUGCCUGGCGGAGUUCGGCGAGCGGGAGGAGGUGCGCGUGAUGCCGCAGUGCGGGCACGGGUUCCACGUCGCGUGCGUCGACACCUGGCUGCGCUCCAACUCCUCCUGCCCGUCCUGCCGCCGCCCCAUCGUCCUGGACGACCCGGCGCCGCCCAAGCGCUGCCGCAAGUGCGAGGCCGUCGUCCUGGAGGCCGUCCUCGCCUCCUCGUCGUCGUCGUCCGCCGCCGGCGGCAGCGGAGGCCGCCGCGGCGGUGGGGGAUUCUUGCCGUAG